CCGCACUUGCACAACGGCUGGCAGGUGGACCAGGCCAUCCUUUCGGAAGAAGACCGGGUGGUCGUCAUCCGGUUCGGGCACGAUUGGGACCCUACGUGCAUGAAAAUGGACGAGGUUCUGUACAGCAUCGCGGAGAAGGUGGUGGCAUAAUCACCAGGUGAUGUCCAGAUCUGCUGCCCUCAGCGCCAGGCUAGGAUGGCUAGAGACGUAAGGGUUGGUUGGCUCUUCAUGUCUGAGCAAAAUUUGGCAAGAUGCUCUUAGCUAGGAGACAUAUUUUAUGUGUUAACAAAUGGCAGAUAAUGGGGGAUCUUCCUCAUCUUGUUACGAGCCCUGUUUGGAUAUCCCAGCUGUUUUAAAGUUAAAAAUUUUGCAGUUAUUUAUCUUGUGGAUAUUACAGAAGUACCUGAUUUCAACAAAAUGUAUGAGUUAUACGAUCCAUGUACUGUCAUGUUUUUCUUCAGGAACAAGCACAUCAUGAUUGAUCUGGGCACUGGCAACAACAACAAGAUCAACUGGGCCAUGGAGGACAAGCAGGAGAUGAUCGAUAUCAUUGAGACCGUGUACCGGGGUGCCCGCAAAGGCCGUGGCCUGGUCGUGUCCCCGAAGGACUACUCUACGAAGUACCGAUACUGAGUGCCUGUUCCCAGGCGCGGGGGUUUGCCCAGGGAGUCACUUUCACGUGGAGACACUGUGGACUCUGAAGCCUUUGAGGAGGAGUCUUGGGAGGGACAGGAGGGCUGCACAGCCUCAAGCUGGAGUUGGCCUGGCUACUGUACUUUUAUAUUCGCAAAUAUCUGUAAAUAUCUAGCUGAACUAAACAAAUACACAAUCAUGGGAAAGUC